ACCACUCUACAAGAAAUGUGGCUGACGACGCAACAAUGAUGGAGGAUAGAACUUCGUUUCGUUAGAAGGGGGCUCCUUUGUUCAAACUAGUUUCUGCACACUAACACUCUUGUUCUGGAGAGAGAAGCUAUCCAAGAUGUGGUUUUUGUAUAUGCUGAGUUGGCUGGCCCUUCUGAUUCAACUAUGCAUUGUUACGCUGUCCAUUGCUGCCGGGCUUUACUACCUGGCAGAGCUAGUGGAGGAGUACACAGUUAUGACUGGCAAGAUCAUCAAAUAUUUGAUUUAUGCCACCAUUUUGAUAUACAUUGGGAUGCUUUUGUUUGAGGACUUCACCAUCCUAAUGAUUGGAAGUGGUCUUGCCAGCUGUGUGGCUUAUUUGCUUGUCCUGAAUGAUUUCCCCUUCUUUUAUGUAUCAUCCCCGUCUUUCAUCGUUUCCAUCGUCUUGCUUGUAUUCAACCAUUACAUUGCAUUCUCACACUUUUCAAGACAGUGGUAUCCUUUCGCAGAGGUUUUGGCGUACUUCACCCUUUGCUUGUGGUUGGUGCCGUUUGCAUUUUUUGUGUCACUCUCAGCAAAUGAAAACAUUCUACCAACUACGUCAGGAGUGCCACAGGAACAAGAUGAAAGUGAUGUGGUGAGCAACUACUUUAGGAAAAACAAGAAGAAGAUGGGUUUGCUGUCCUUUUUCAAGAUGGCACAAGAAAGUGUUCUUCCACAGAGAGUGAGAAAGCAGUUUUGAGUGAAUGAUCAAAUAAAACAUAUACAUGUAUCUUAUAAAUGAUAAUAACUUUGUCACAAUGUACAUGUAUAGUUAAUUUGAAUCUGAGCUGCACUAAGAAAAAGAAAGUGGUGUCUUUUCUUUACCCUCAAUUUUGCACCAUUCAUGAAGGUUAAUGAAAAUAACUAUUAAAAGUGUCCACAUCAUGUUUAUGGAAAGGAGGUUCUUGCUUAAGAACUGUUUUUGAAAAAUGCUUCUCACAAUAACUAUCAGUGCCAUGCCAUUUAUCUAAAACAUGAUCUGAUAGCUGAGAGCUUUGUAUUCGUCACAAUGGAGAUGGAGGUUUUUGUUGUACUUUUAUUUUAAUGAUCAUAGCUACACUCUGAAACUGUUCCUGGCUUGGGGCAAUUUAAGAUUGGUGACUUUACAUACCCAAGACUAGUUACUUAACACACCCACAAGAAAAAAAGACUUCUCUAGUGGAGGUACAAGGCUUUGAUCUAUGGGUGGGGUGGAAUCUGGCCUUUUUGUCCUUGCAUUAAACACGUGUCCAAGUGUUGGAAUAACGUUUAAGACUGUGAGAGGAAAGUGCAUAAUACCUGGGUUUCUUUUUGUACGUACAUAGCCUAUAUUUUACAAAACAGCAAAGCUUUAAGACUAAUUUAAGUUAUUUACUGAGUAACAACCUAGUGUUUCUCUAUCAGUUAUCAGAUAGAAAUAACUUACUGGAAGUGUCUAUAGUCCAGAUUGAUUUUAAUUGAAUUUUAAGAGAAGUGCUGGGGAGCUAUAAGACACUUUGCCUCAAUGAACUCAUUGUGUUACUGUUUUUAAGGUCUGUCUGUCAGUUUGAUGAGGAUUUUAGUGAACUAAUGAAUGGUGUAAAGUGUUUUCUGGGGGGUCGUUAUUUCAAGAAGAUGUAAUACAGGCCUCAUUUCUCUAUUUGAAAGUGGGAGGUUUUGAUUGGAGUAAUCAUACAGCAGAGUAAAGCCUUUUAGAUGUUCUAAUAGAUUUGCUUUGGGUGUCUGGCCUCAGAGGAAUUUAGUCUUUUAGUUUCCAUAUAUGCUUUCAUAGUUCUGUUUUUGCAUAUCAUGACGUGCAGAUUUAUAACAAACCACCUUGAAAUUAAACAUAUUAAUUAUGUUUUGAAGAAUGGUACGAUGGAUUUUGUCGUCACUUAUGGAUUUUUUUGGUAACAGUUUGCUUCUAUGUAGUUUGUUGAGAAUUGUUUGUUUUACCCAUAUAUGACGUAACAUUUAAUUCUCCUUACAGGCAUAUUCACUGAAGUAUAAAUCCUCUUUACAUGCAAUAUUGGUGCUGAUAGCCUGUCUAUUAGUAUGCAAGAACAAAAGAGUUAUGUGGGCUUUGCAUGAUGGUUUGCAUUCUCUGAAAUUGUACAUAAUGUUACUGUAUGCUAAGGAGAUGACGUGAGUGAUUAGAUCAGUUUCUUGGUUAGACUGUUCUAGAAACAGAACCUGUGUAGAUAUAAUGCAUGCUUUGAUAGCUGGUUUGAAUGUAUUUGAGAGACUCCAUAACUGAGUGUAUCAUAUAUUCCAGUGUGUUUUAAAUAAAUUGUCAAAAGGUAACAGUCUUCCUCUUUCAUGUUUACUUUUUUGCUUGGGAUGAAAAUUGUAAAUCGUUGAAAGUAAAAUUAUAAAGGUAAACUUCUCUGUCUGCGAUCCAUGACACAGUGGCUUAAGGUAUAUGUUUAGAGGUGUGAAGACGCUUGUCUUCAGCUGUUCCUCUUCGCUGACUGCAUUGUCACAGAGCUCAGUGUCCAGACCUGCAUGUUACAGCCUGGCUUCUAAUCUCACAACUGAGUAGAGUGCUUAGCACUACAGGACAUGUUCUAUUAUAUUAAUAAUUAUGUAGUAUAAGGACAGCACAUCUGCUCAAUUGAUAAGACUUCAGUGACUUCUUACUUAAUUAUUUAAGGACAAAAAGGGGGAUGGAAGAGAUGAGGAAAUACAAAAUCCUGCAGUGUAAAAGUGGUUGCAUUGUGUUUAAGGACAAAUUUAACUCCUGCUAUUGAUGUUUCUGUCAUGCUUUUGCUUACCGGUACUUUACGAGAUUUGAGGGAGUGCUUUUUUUUCUGUGAAUUGCAGAUAUCAUACGCCAACAAUUUUCAUCAUGGGCUAUUUCUGUUUUUAGACAAAUGCACAGGCUAUGUGUUUCAGUAAAAGAGGAGGCAUUUGACCAAUUUCCCUGCCUGCUUUAUGUAAAGCGUGUGACUCAAUGUGUCUGUUGAAGCUGCAUUGUAUUGUGUCAAAUUUGCACUGUCGAGGAGCUUUCUUGAUACUGAAUCAAUUCUUUUAAAUAGUUGUAACUGUCGUGGUUUUUUUUCAAAUAGUUGUUUGCAGUCUGUAUCAAGUGUGCAGAGACUGUAAUUAUAUAGGGAUCCAUUGAAUAAAUUUCAAUAUUAAUAAGAAAGAUAAAUAAACAGUUAUGAAUUUUUUCUUGAAAAUACCUGUUUGAACUGUUGACUUUUGCCCAACUGUUUUGUUGUUUUGUCUUUAGAAUUCCAUGUAAGGCGUAGUUGCUUUACUCACGAAAAAUAAGACUAUAAUAUUAUGUGAAAUCCAUACUCAUGCCGUAGAAGCUUUGUGAGAUCCUGAAAAAACAAGCUAUAAUUGGAUGUUUUUUAAAACCCUUUUAUAUUAUUACUGAAGUUGAGACAAUUGUAUGUAGUUAGUAUGAAAGUGCAAUGUUCAUGCUUACCCCUGGAACUUUUAAAAUGAGUCUUUAAAAAUAAUAUAUUUCUUGAAAGAAGCAAUGUGGAAGCUGUUUGCUGAAGCCAUUGUUGCCUUGAAGGGUUUAGCAUAAAAUAAACAAUGUUUUGCUGAUUUAUGACAAACACUGUAAUUGCUGAAUUUUUAUGGGCCCUUGGUUUUCUAAAACAGAUGUGGGAAUUCAUUUAUUAUGAUUUGAUUGAUUUGCAUGACUGAGUUUGUUGAAUUAGGAUGAGGACUUGGGACUGGGGGUCUGGGGAUCUUAAGGAAGCCCUUUUUCAUCAAAGGUUCAGGUUUUGAGCAACUUCAAUUCUAAAUGAAGUAGCUGUUUUGGAACAGAGUAAGAUGCAAGGUGAUGCUCAAGGAAUAUAGUGCAUUUAUUUCCCUUGCCCACUGACUUGCAUGGACCUUUGGCUAUAUAAAUAAGAGUUAAAUAGGCCUACUCUUUUCUUCAUCAAGUAAAGGUUUUUAAUUAAACAGGGAUAUGAUGUUACCUAGGUGAAAUUUUUGGAUGUUUUACUUCUCUUUACAUUUACUAACACUAAACGGUACAGCAGGCAAUUUUAACUGUAUUUUGGGUGUACUUGUGAACUAAUCAUAAUAUUACUGUUCUUUUGUUGUGGAUCUUCAUCAGUGGAAAAGCAGCCUAGUCAAUCUGUUGCAGCAAAAGUGGUGUGAAAUCGUAGAAAACAUGUGCUCACUGAUAUUAUGCAUGUGUCUUUUUUGUUCAUUUUUUUUUAUUUCGAUGCAUGAUUGUUUUCUUGACUUUGAAAUUAUUUUCAUUGAACAACUGUAUUGAUGGUUGGAAAUAAAAGAUUUGGUAUCAGA